GCGGGGCGGGACUUCCGGCCGCCCAAGUUUAACAGUCCAGGCGGGAGCCGGAAGCGCAGCGCGGAGCGGGUGGAGCCGGGGCCCCCCGUGUGUGCUCCCCACGCCUGAGAGGUUCAGUCAUGCAGGAAAACCUCAGAUUUGCUUCAUCAGGAGAUGAUAUUAAAAUAUGGGAUGCUUCAUCUAUGACAUUGGUGGAUAAAUUCAACCCUCACACGUCACCACAUGGAAUCAGUUCAAUAUGUUGGAGCAGCAAUAAUAACUUCCUAGUGACAGCCUCUUCCAGUGGUGACAAAAUAGUGGUGUCAAGUUGCAAAUGUAAACCCGUUCCACUUUUGGAGCUUGCUGAAGGGCAAAAGCAGACAUGUGUCGAUUUAAAUUCCACAUCAAUGUAUUUGGCAAGUGGAGGCCUAAAUAACACUGUUAAUAUUUGGGAUUUAAAGUCAAAACGAGUUCAUCGGUCUCUUAAGGAUCAUAAAGGUGAAGUAACUUGUGUGGCGUACAAUUGGAAUGAUUGCUACAUUGCUUCUGGGUCUCUUAGUGGUGAGAUCAUUUUGCACAGCGUAACCACUAAUAUAUCCAGUACACCUUUUGGCCAUGGGAGUAGCCAGCCUGUCCGGCACAUGAAGUACUCCUUGUUUAGGAAGUCUCUCCUGGGCAGCGUUUCGGAUAACGGAGUAGUGACCCUCUGGGAUGUGAACAGCCAGAGUUCAUACCACAGCUUUGACACCACACACAAGGCUCCAGCGUCAGGCAUCUCCUUCUCGCCUGUCAAUGAAUUGCUGUUUGUCACCAUAGGCUUGGAUAAAAGAAUCAUCCUCUAUGACACUUCAAGUAAGAAGCUGGUGAAAACUCUAGUGGCUGAGGCUCCUCUGACCGCCGUAGACUUUAUGCCUGAUGGAGCCACUUUGGCUGUUGGAUCCUCCCGGGGGAAAAUCUAUCAGUAUGACCUAAGGAUGCUGAAAUCCCCCGUGAAAACCAUCAGUGCCCACAAGACAUCUGUGCAAUGUAUAGCAUUUCAGUACUCCACGUCUCUGAUGAAGGCAAGUUUAAGUAAAGGCUGCUCAAAUAAGGCCCCAUCAGGGACCAAACGGAGUGUUGCUGUGAGCAGCAGCGGUGGGGCUGCUCAGAAUUCUGGAACUGUCAGAGAAGUAACCACCCCUUCCAUUGCCACAGUUCUCCCACAGCCCGUGACGACAGCGUCGUCGGGCAAAGGAGCCGGUGCUGCCCAGGACAAAGCAGGCCUGCCUCGAAGCAUAAAUACAGAUAUUUUAUCUAAGGAAACAGAUGGUGGAAAAAGUCAAGAUUUCUCCAGCUUUGAUGAUACUGGGAAAAGUAGUUUAGGUGACAUGUUCUCACCAGUCAGAGAUGAUGGUGUAGUCAACAAGGGAGGUGAUGAAUCUGUAGGCAAAGGCGAUGGCCUGGACUUUCUGUCACAGCUGAACUCCGUGUUCCCCCCGAGAAAGAAUCCAGUCACUUCUGGCACUCUGGUCCUGCACUCCAGUCCUCUUAGUGUCUUUACGGGAUCCCCAGUGAAAGAGGAAAAUGAAAGUCAUGAGCUGACGGCUGAGGCAAAGAAAACUUACCUGGGGAAGCAGGAGCCUAAGGAGUCCUUGAAGCAGUUUACAAAGUUGAUCUCUGGUGCUGAACCUGGAAUUCUAAAUACCUCUCCAUCAUCUAACCAAACAAGAAAUCUUGAAAAAUACGAAAAGCCAGAAAAAGAGAUUGAAGCCCAGUUGAUACAUGAACCCUCCGUCAACGGAUCCUCAGCUCCAAUUCCAAAGGUAGCACCCUCUGUCAUCGCUGGAGUAGCCAGUUCCCUCUCAGAAAAAAUAGCCGAUACUCUUGGGAACAGUCGGCCAAAUGCACCCCUGACCUCGGUUCAAAUCCGCUUCAUUCAGAACAUGAUUCAGGAAACUCUGGAUGACUUCAGGGAAGCUUGCCAUAGGGAUAUUGUGAAUUUGCAAGUGGAGAUGAUUAAACAGUUUCAUAUACAACUGAAUGAAAUGCACUCUUUGCUGGAAAGAUACUCAGUGAAUGAAGGCUUGGUAGCUGAAAUCGAACGGCUUCGAGAAGAGAACAGAAGACUCCGGGCCCACUUCUGAGGACUCGGACGACCCUCAUUUUUUUAUGAGUUGGGAAGUUUCUGGCACCUAGGAGUGACAGAUUCAGUAUUGUUUUCAUGGCCUUGACAGUGGAUGCUGUGGCAGGCACUGUUCCACCUAUCAGCCAUAUUUAUAUUUUUAUAUUACAACUGCACAGAAUACUGUCUUCCUGAGAGGGAGGUCAACGGGCUCUUUAUGUUCUGAACGCCUUAGCUAGACACUAAGUGCCCUUUUCCUAAGAGAAGAAAAUGUGCGUAGAAGGAUAGGUUUAUAUUUUGUAAGUGACUUUUUAAAACAUAUUUUUGAUGGACAAAUUGUAUUCCAAAUUUUUUUUUUUUUUAGGUAGCCAACUUUUAAAACAUUGAUAUACCUUCUGUUUCAUGAAGAAAUAACUUUAAAGUGGCAAUUGGAUUUUUUUCAUGCUAUCGAUUAGUCAUUAUUUUGUUAGCAUGAUAACAUUAAGUAUGACUUAUUGCUUGUGUGUAUGGUACAUGUUGAAGCUUUGAGUUGUACAGAUACAUGGUACCUUUAGCAAUUCUGUCGCUGUGUUCUGAGGGCUCUCUACUCUGGUUACCGAACUUAACAUAGGAAAAACUUCUAAGAGUUUGGAAAAUUCAAGGGCUAUACAUCUGCUGAUUGUCUAAUGAAUUAACAGUGUGCAAAAUCAUACUACAAGGUUUUAAUCACCAUGGCUCAACUUAUAAUCAAUGAAAAUUUAUUGUAAGAUACUAAAUAUCACAAUAUUGUUGCCAUUUUUUUCCUCACAAAUAAAAAGCAUAGAUUAUUUUUUCUGUGCUUUGUACCAUUAACUUUCUCUAAUUAUAGUAUGCUACAAAUAGUAUUUUUCUAUUGUUAGCCUUACCAUAGUAUUAUUUAUAUAGGUUCAUCAUGAAAGGAAUUUGCACAUUGGCAGCAGCUCGACAUGCUCAUCUGCCUGCUGUGAUCCACUGUUUGAUAGAAUGUGAUGAGGAGCUGCUCAUCCAUCUACAUUCUUGUUGCCUCUUGCCCAAAGAUUUCAACCGUGUACUUUGUUUGUAUAUAGGUCUGUUGCCCAGUUUUGCUUUCUGGGAUCAAAAUAUUUACUAAAAUGCAGCUUAGUUUGCCAACUUUAUGGUUUUCUAAAGUGAUGGAAGGUGUAAGGAUAUAUUUAAUAGAAACCAAUGAAUAAUUAUUUCCAAAAACGAAACAGGAAUGACUUUUCCCAGGUGACUCAGAUGCUGUAGUCUUUUCUUGGCGGAUAUGGCGGCAUUAUGACUUGUAACAAGUUUCCUUAUAUGUCACUCAAACAAGGUUAGAAUGCAGAAGUACUUUGUCUAUACGCUAUAUUUUAAUAAAUUAAUAUUUUCCUUCUUUUAUCUAUAGCUGUAUAUACUGUGUAUGAAAAGGGGUCUGAUAAAACAGUUCAGUAAUUUUUUGUGUAGGUGAAGUGCUUGUCAUGACUUAAAUACCAAGUACAGUCAAUAAAUUUUUUGCAUUCAGAACAGA